GUAGCUCUCCAAAGCCUGGCAAAGAUGGAUCUUGGCCAGCUCUGCUCCCAGAGACCGUCUCCACAUGAGUCCCUAUAUAUUGUUGGACUUCGACUCCCAUAACCCCCGACCAAAAUGGCCAGUUGUGGCUGGGGAUUGUGGGAGUUGAAGUCUAACAAUGGCUGGGGACCCAAGUGAGAGCCCUUGGCUUAUUCUGUGCAGAGGCUCUACCCGCUGCCACCAGUCUGAGUGCCCGUCAGGUACUUCAUCACCCUGAUGAACUUCUUUCCUUGGAGCAGGUGUUCUGGCGUGGGUGUUACCAGACAGAGAGGAUACUGGUGUACUAUAACAAGACAGUAUUAAAAUGAAUAAACGUAAGGGUGAGUCAAGAACAUAGUUGAGAAACACAAUCUUAAAAGAUGCAAAGGUUUUGUCUGGGCUUAGUGCAAAUCCCUUCCGCAACCCUGGGCUAGAUCGGCUUGCUCUAUCCGAGUAAUGCUCACUGGGGCAUCUGGGUGCCACAAGCCUUGACAUAAGAGGGGCUCCCUGUCUUGGUCUCUGCUGGCUGUCGAGGCAGGUAGCUUUAGAACCCUGGCCCUGAGAAUUGUGCCGCAGCUGUUCAGUGGCUCUCCUGAGCCUUUGCCUUGCCUGCUUUCUUGAGGCAUGAAGUCUUCAGUCUGGUCCUUUAGGCUCUCCGAAGACAAGCUGUCACUAGCCACCUCUCCCUCAGCUGCCAGGCUUUCUGAAGCUGUGGCUAAGGCCCUUAGGUGAGGUGCUCAGACCAGACACUCGGCUCUUUUGCCCAAGAUACCUAAUGCCCGGCUCUCAAAUGCCUGCCUUCCUACUCUCCUCCCUGGGCUUCCUUCUCCUGCUUCCUUUAGCUCUCCCUCCAGCCAACCGUUCCCAGGAGCCUGCUUGGACCCUCUAGUUCUACUGCAUUCCUUAUGGGUCCAUCCAAUCCCAGCCGUCACUUUCUAAGUUAAUUGGCCAAAGCCUCCACCAGCAGAGUUCCUUAUGCUCUAAUUUGAUUGGACAGGAUCUUUACUUGUGGGACCUUCUCAUUGGACAGCUGCUGCUGCAAAAUUAAGCAGGUGCACUACUUUAAUCUAUUUAUUAAAUAAUAAUAAUUUGAUUUCUAUACCGCCCUUCCAAAAAUGGCUCAGGGUGGUAAUUUAAUGGUCUGGAGCUGCACACUUACCUGGGAGGGAGAUCAGUUGAGUUCAGUGGACUUACUUCCAAGUAAACACCUUGGAUUGCACUGUAAACAUUGCAACUCAGUUGAGGAGUGGACCAUCCCUAGAAUUUGUAUAGUACUCUCUGCCUGUGCUAAUCCCGCCAUUAGGGCCAGCUCUUGCCUGUGAGCUUCUCAGAGGCAUCAGGUGGGCCAUUGUGUGACACAGACUGCUGGAACAGAUGGCCUUUGGGCCUGAUCCAGCAGCGUUGUUAUGCUCUUAACUAAAACAGGUAAACUAGUAAGCAAUCCAGAACUCUUCUUCAGGCCGGAGGGGUGAUGGGAGAGCCUCGGGUGGGCUGCCCCCGCAGUGGGGUCCAAGCAGCGAUCGGCAUCCCAGUAACCUGGGAGUGUUCUGCGGGUGUGGGGUGGGAGCGGCGUCCUUGCCCAGCUGACCGGCCGGGGCUUCCGGGCGCGACCCCAGAGAGGAAUGCCGGCUGCAAGUGAAACUGACGCUCUCCCGCCCCUCCCUCCCUCCCCACGUGGCCUUGGGACACUUCCUGGGAACGCCCCUUUCCUCCCGGCCCGCCAAUCAGAAGCGGAUAGAACGCUCUGGCGGGGUGUCCACGUUCUACCGCUUGUUACAGCGCCGGGGACUCCGCUCCUCCCUGGCCGGGUCGCGCUCAGACGGGAAAGAACUGUAGCUUUAAACCCUCGCACUCUGCCGCCCUCUCAACAACCUGGUGAGGCAGACCGAGGAUAGUGACCGGCUCGCUUUACAGAUGGGAAGCUGAGGCUGAAGAAAGAAAACAGCAAAAGAAAGCUGGCUUGAUAAGUGGAUGUGUACGAGUUGGACUGCUCUGCGUUCCCACAAGGAAAUUGGCCGGCUUCCUGUCCUGCUCGUGGGCUUCCCAGAGGCGUCUGGUUGGCCACCGUGAGAAAUAGCCGUCUGGGCUUGGGGGACCUUUGGUCUCGUCCUGCAGAGCUCUUCUUAUACUGUGUCCUUUGAUUUAAAACAGGUUUUCUUUAAAAAAAAAAAAAAAAAGUUAAAGGAAAACUGAGUGUUUCCCACCACCCUCUAUUCUAACACAGUCCUCUCCAUUUCCCAGCCCCAGUUUUGCUCCGCCAACUGGAAGCAUCGCCCAGGAAUGCCAUGGCCCGCCACAGCAAGCUCCAGAAGCAGGUGCUGAGCUUAUACCGGAAUUUCCUACGAGCUGGCAAGGACAAGCCAGGUUUCCUCCCUCGGAUACGGGCCGAGUUCCGGAAGAACGCCCAGAUCCCCCGGACAGACGUCAUGUAUAUAGAAUACCUCGUCCGCCGCGGACAGAGGCAGCUGGAGCAGCUUAGAGACGUCCACACCAAACAGAUGGGAGCGUUUGUCAAAACGAAGUGGGAGGAUCGGUGAUGGCCUGUCAGUGGAGCCUUUAAAAACAACAACUUCUCCUCUUCCUCCUCCCAGUUUGUAGAGACCAGUCCUUUCUCCUAGCUGCUGACUUUCCGGACAGCGUAAUGCCGUGGAUACAAAUGUACUUCACCAGAGUAGACCUGAGACUUGCAGGAUUCCUGUGGGUGUAUCAGCUGUCACUAGAGAGCAGCAUUGAGAAACAGAGUCCAGCACUCUAUCCCUGCUGCUCUGCUCUUUUCAUCCUUGUGAGUGAACGGGUGGCAUCUCUUUGCUACAGGCUGAAGCUGUUUUAAGCAGGCCUCAUUGUCGUGGCUUGCCCCUAGGCACUCUGGGAAUGGAUACCUUAUGUGAAUGCUCUGUUGGAGAUCUCCAGCUCCCUCCCAUAACAAGGGCACCCUGCAGAGGUCGUCGGGAACCCCAGCAAUGUUUUGUACCCCUGCUUGCUCCCUUUGGUUGGCCCUUGUACUUUGGGGGCGGCAGCCCAAUUGCACCAGAGCUUUGAGAUUGUUCAGGAUGAGGCCAAAUGCCUUGCUGUGGCCCCCCAAGAAAGACCUGUAUCCACCUGGACAGGGCUGCAAGUAUCCCUGCAGGCAACAGGGUCAAAGUUCCCAUAGCACAUGUGGGGCCCUGACUAUGCAGAAGUUAUAGGUGGCAACACAAAUGUUGAUUUUAGCUGCAGGUGUUCUUGUAGAGGUGACAAGAGAUGAGCACCUCAGUUCUCUACCACUUAGAUGAGCAGGUCUGUUUUAUGUUUGCGUAACUCUGCUUUAAAAUUCAAAGUGAUCUGGCAAGUUGGAACCCUUAACUCACUUGUUUUCAAUUAACAUUGAACAUGUCAGUUCAGGUAAGUUAAGGCACCUAUAUACAGGUGUUAACACCCCUAUUUGAAGAGGAAAGCAUGGUGUUACCCUUUUUUAAUCUGUAAAUGCACAAAAGUCUUGAAUAUGUUUAGGUAUGAGGUAUGUAAUCUUGUCUGUCACACUUCCAGUGGCUUACUUUAACUUGUGUGAAUACACCUUAAGCCACAGAUCUUUUUAUUUCAAUGCUUCAGACCAAAUGCUGUAUUUGAAAACCAUUUUUCUCCGAGAGCUUUUGUUGUGUCUGUUAGAUGAAGAACAAUUGGGGAUAUGCCUGUCAUUUAUUCACUCCAUCUCCCAUGAAAGUAAGAGGAAUUGUAUUAUAUAAAAGCAAAUGUUUAGGCACCAUUAAAACACCACCAUUGGUUACAAAUAAAAUUAGAUUGUCCUACAA